AUUAUGUUAUGUACUCUUACUCCUUAUGGGCCACCAAGGUGUUCAAUUGGGGUCUUUGUUCUUGUAGACAAAAGGUGGACAAAAGAGUUCAAUCCCUGAGAGCAGAAACAUGGGUGAAAAACUUGUAUCUUGGAUCCUCUUUCUUCAUCUGCUAGUAAUCAUGAGUUCCUAUGGUGGAAGCAGAGCAAGGGAAUUGGCUGGAACAGAAAACAAACUCCAAGCAAUCUCUGCUGAUGAUGAACAUCAAACAGCACACACACACCAUCAUCAUCAUUCCCAUGUAGACCCUUCUGUGAUGGUGUUCUUCACCUUAAAAGACUUGAAGGUUGGGAAAAGAAUGCCAAUUUAUUUCCCCAAAAGAGACCCUGCAACUUCCCCUAAGUUCUGGCCAAGAGAAAAAGCAGAUUCAGUUCCUUUCUCACUGAACCAACUACCAAACCUUCUCAAUUUUUUCUCUUUCUCUCCAGAUUCUCCUCCAGCCAAAGCCAUGGAAGAUACCCUGAAGGAAUGCGAGAGCAAACCCAUCCAAGGUGAGGUAAAAUUCUGUGCUACCUCUUUAGAAUCCAUGCUUGACUUCACUCAUAGCAUUCUUGGGUUGGAAUCUGAUGAUCUUCAAGUAUUUGCUACUUCACACCUAACCAAAUCCAGUGUCACUUUCCAGAACUACACUAUCUUAGAAAACAUCAUGAGAAUCUCAGCUCCUAAGAUGGUGGCUUGUCACACCAUGCCUUACCCUUAUGCUGUUUUUUACUGCCACAGCCAAGAGAGUGAGAACAGGGUAUAUAAGGUUUCACUUGUUGGUGAUAAUGGGGAUAAGGUGGAAGCUAUGGUUGUUUGUCAUUUGGAUACCUCUCACUGGGGUUCUGGUCAUGUUUCUUUUCAAAUUCUUGGGGUUACACCUGGAAGCUCGUCUGUGUGCCACUUUUUCCCAGCAGAUAAUCUCAUUUGGGCUCCCAAAUUGCAAGCUCAUGGUCUUUCAACCAUGUGAUUUCAGCAUCAACAUCCUAAUGUCAAGUGAAAUAUUGUGUUUAUCUCUAUCUCUAUAAUUAUUUUGAGAGUCUCAUUUAUUUAAUACUUAUGAAGGUAGAGAUAGACACAUAAUUUAACAUGACAGUGUCAUGUAAAGUUUACACAUGAGAGGAUUGUGAUCCGUGACUUUAAUACUAUUAUGCUGACAUGUGUAACUCAGAGUUGUCUGGUUUGGGUUUUACUUUGAUUGUUGAAUAAGGUACCAUCUAUAGAUCUAAAAAAUAUGUAAAAUUUCUUGUGGGUGCAUUUUAGUGUUUGCUUGUGAUGUCUUGUAUAAACAAUAAGCUCACCAUAAAGGGGGCAAACUACAGGCUUGUAUUUCAGAAUACAUGAUUUCUCCUGCUAGCCUAA